UUCACUGUGCCUUUUUGCAUCCCAUCCUACGCCAUGCCAUUCCUGCACGGCGAGCAUCCCAAGAUUCUCAUUGCCGGCGCCGGCAUCGGCGGUCUGGCCACGGCGCUAGCUCUGCACUCGGCUGGCUUCAACGACAUCCACAUCUUUGAAGCGUCGUCGACUCUCACCACACUCGGAGUCGGCAUCAAUGUCCAGCCCUCGGCGGUGCUAAUACUGCGGAAUCUGGGCCUCCUGGAAGCCUUGGAGAAAACAGGCAUCAAGACGCAAGAGCUGAACUUUUACAACCGCCAUGGAGACGCCAUCAUCAGCGAGCCAAGGGGCUUGCACGCCGGGUAUGCCGUGCCGCAGUUCUCCAUCCACCGAGGCGACUUCCAGAUGCUGCUUUUGAGCGCCGUCAAGGAGCGACUGGGCGACCAUGUGCUCCAUCUUAACCAUGCGCUCACCAACUUUGACCAAAACGACAAGAGCGUCACGGCGCACUUUUCGCGACGAAGAGACGGAGAGCCAGCCGACCUGGCGAGUGUAACGGGCGAUGUUCUCAUUGCCGCAGACGGCAUCAACUCGACAGCGCGCAAGCUCCUGUACCCCAACGAGGGCCCGCCCCGAUUCUCUGGGCGCAUGCUCUGGCGCGGAUGCAUAGAACGCGACGCGUAUCUCACGGGCGCAAGCAUGGUGUGGGCAGGCCACGCCGACCAGAAAUUCAUCGCGUACCCCAUUAGCCAGCGCGCGGCGGACCGAGGCAAGAGCCUCGUCAACUGGAUAGCAGAGCUAAGGAUCCGAGACAAGGACGACACGGACCUGAGGCCGCCCAAGACGGACUGGACCAAAUCCGUCAGCAAGGACGUCUUCGCAGGCCCCUUUGCCUCGUGGCGCUGCGGCGGCCUGGAAAUGAUGGACCUGAUCAACAGCACCGACAAGGUGUUUGAAUUCCCCAUGUCGGAUCGCGAUCCCGUCGAAGCAUGGUCAUUUGGGCGCCUCACGCUGCUGGGCGACGCCGCACACGCCAUGUACCCAAUUGGCUCCAACGGCGCGUCGCAAGCCAUCAUCGACGCAGAGUCGCUAGCCAAGCACCUCGCGGCCAACUCAUCCGACGUCCAGGCCGCGCUGAAAGCCUACGAGCAAGAGCGUCUCCCGCCCACGGCCAAAAUCGUAAUGGCCAACCGUGCAAACGGCCCAGACCACGUGCUGCAGCUGGCGGAGGAAAGGGCUCCAGACGGCUUCACCAACGUCUACGAUGUUAUCCCCAAAGAUGAACUCGAGGGCAUUGGGAGCGCAUACAAGCGUAUCGCGGGCUUUGAAAUCGAGAGCGUAAAUGAAAAGGCGAAAGCUACCGAGGACAUGCAUGUGGGUAAGAGACUUAAGAGCCCGAGUGAUUGGAUAUAAAAAGUAGCUUGC